AUUAGCAGGUAGGGCGAUAUUCAGUUUUUGGACGUGGCUCGCCGUUAAUAGAGCUCCCAAAAUAAACGCACAAUAGUACGGACAAUAGCUCAGCUUCCGACGCCUCCGUAUCAACGUAUCAAACACACAGAAAUGGAUUUCUACUACAGACCCGGAUCUGCCCCCUGUCGUUCGGUUCUUAUGACAGCCAAGGCCAUUGGCGUGGAAUUCGACAAGAAGAUCAUCCUCAACACCCGUGCCGGGGAUCAGUUCAAGCCGGAAUAUCUGAAGAUCAAUCCACAGCACACGAUUCCGACAUUGCACGACAAUGGCUUUGCCCUGUGGGAGUCGCGUGCCAUUAUGGUGUAUCUCGUGCAGAAGUAUGCCAAGGAUGACAGGCUCUUUCCCAAGGACGUGCAGAAGCAGGCACUGAUCAAUCAGCGUCUGUACUUCGAUAUGGACACGCUCUACAAGAGCUUUGCCGAAUACUACUACCCGCAGAUCUUCCGCAAAGAGGCGCCCAACGCGGACCUCUACAAGAAAAUCGAAUCUGCCUUUGAGCUCUUCAAUACGUUCCUCGAUGGGCAAACCUAUGCAGCGGGGGACUACAGCCUGGCUGACAUUGCGCUCCUGGCCAGUGUGUCCACCUUCGAUGUGGCCGGCUUUGACUACAAGCGGUAUGCCAAUGUGGCCAAGUGGUACGAGCACGUCAAGGAGCUGACACCCGGCUGGGUGAUCAAUUGGACGGGAUGCCUGGAGUUCCGCAAAUACUUUGACAACUGAUCAACUGAUCGAUCGAUCGUUCAUUAAUUCGAUUCCUUUUUUUAUUGCACUUGGUUCUUGAUUCUUAGUAGUAGUAAUAAACAUCUAAGCUAAA